AUGGAAUAUAUGAGCGCCCUCCAAAAUGAUUUUGACGACUUCAAGCCGUCGCUAUUCGAGCUCCUCUCUGAGCAGCAGCUAUCAGCUCUCCUCCCGCCUUCUCUCCGCUAUCUGCUUGCCGUCGCAACCCACCGCCAUCCCCGCUACCUGCUCCGCAUCCUCAACUCGUACGACGAAGUCUACGCAUUAUUAUCCCUGCUGGUAGAAAGAUACUACCUUCGAACCUUUGGCGGUUCCUUCACUGAGCACUUCUACUCCUUAAAGCGGGAGCGCGUGCUUGAAAUAAAAAAUGGCGAAAUCCCACGAGCCCAAUUGGGUGCUGCUGGACCUGUACGGGAUACGUUGAAGUUGCGCAAUUCGGAUAUAUGGAGGAACCUAGCCGUGAUGGUCGGAUUGCCAUAUUUAAAGCGGAAGCUGGAUGAAGGAUAUGACAUCCACGCUGCUCCACAAGCGGCGUUGGCAAUGGGAGGAGGCCCCAGAUAUAACCCAGCCGACGACCUACCGCAUAACCCGACUGUUCGACAGAGGCUGAUGUUCUACUAUAAGUGGUUCUUGAGAAACGUCUAUCCUUCGAUAAACGCGGCAUACUACUUUUCCAUUUUGGCCUUCAAUCUCGCCUACCUUUUUGACAAUACGAAGUACUCAUCUCCGUUCCUGUGGCUGAUCCGAACCCGAAUCCGACGAUUGAGCUCAGCGGACCACCAUGCCAUUGCAUUGGCAACUCAACCCCCAUCACCCAGCACCGCUCACGCACGGCCUGGCGCAAGUCGCCUCGGCAUGCUCAGCCCGCAGAAUCUAUAUCCACAAGUUCUUGGCUCACUGAAAUACCUCCUCCCAGUUUCCAUCUUCGCCUUGAAGUUUCUCGAAUGGUGGCACGCCAGUGAUUUCUCCCGUCAAUUGGCGCGUAAGGCGACAGAAGCCCUCGAUCUCCCGGCACCGGUAGUGUCGGGUAUGCCACCGCCGCCUUCAUCCAAGCCUACACUCCCGUCGGCGUUAAAGGGCUCCGGCCAAAAUAAACUGACGACUCUACCCACCAAAACACCACCCUCUACGUCUACGACCAAACGGCCUCAGCCACCCAUUUCGUCGACAUCCUACCUUCCCAUCUUCACUAUCCCACUUCCCCAACCAGAACCUUCCUCUCAAGAUGCUCAAAACACAUGCCCGAUUUGCCUCCACCCUCUGGUCAACCCCACCGCAUGUCAAACAGGCUAUGUAUUCUGUUACAGCUGCGUAUUUCGCUGGUUAAACGGCGAGCAUGAUCGCCAACUCGACUUCAUGAAUGGCACCGGGGGUGAAUGGGACGGUGAUCCCGAUGCCGAGGAAAACGGCCCGGAGGAUAGUGGUAAAGGGCAGGGUGGGAAAGAGUAG